AUGGCGGCGCUCUUGGCAAGAGAAUGGCAAGGGAUACAGAUGUUCCCUGCUGCCACCCAGACUAAAUUGUAUGAUUAUCUGGGCAAAUUGAAGGAGGAGAAUGUUAACACACUGACCAUCCUUGUCAUGGGGAAAGGCGGUGUUGGAAAAUCUUCCCUGGUGAACUCGAUUAUAGGGGAAAGAAUUGUACCUGUCAGUGCUUUCCAGUCAGAGACCCCCAGGCCAAUGAUGGUUUCUCGAACACGGGCAGGAUUUACGUUGAAUGUUGUUGAUACUCCUGGCCUUGUUGAAGCAGGAUGUGUCAACGAUCAAGCUCUUGAUAUCAUAAAAAACUUUCUUUUGAACAAGACCGUUGAUGUUUUGCUCUACGUGGACCGGUUGGAUUCUUAUCGAGUUGACACCUUAGAUAGACAAAUUGUGAAAGCCAUAACAGAUGCUUUUGGAAAAGAGAUAUGGCAGAGAGGUUUAGUGGUCCUUACACAUGCUCAGCUUUCACCUCCUGAUGGAUUGCCUUAUGAGAACUUCUUCUCCAGAAGAUCUGAGGCUCUUCUUAAAGUUGUUCGUCUUGGGGCUAAAUUAAAGAAACAAGAUAUUCAGAAUUCAACUAUUCCUGUGGUCUUGGUUGAGAAUAGUGGGAGAUGUAACAAGAAUGAAGAUGAUGAAAAGAUUCUACCUGACGGUACUCCCUGGAUACCAAAUUUGGUUAAAAAAAUCACUGAUGUUGUCCUGAGUGGAGGCAAGGGCAUUUUAGUUGACAAAGCGUUGAUUGAGGGGCCAAACCCAAAUGCCAAGGGGAAGAUCUUUAUUCCCUUGAUUGUUGCCGCCCAAUUGUUUCUAGUUGGUCAGAUUAAGAAGUGGAUCGAGGAUGAUAUCUCGCAGGAGGUUUUGCCAUCAUGGGCUUGA